CACGUGACGUAACCAGGGGGCGGGGCCACGCUUCACCGCUGCUUGUUUGCAGACAGCCUCACUUCCUAGGCUGCCAUUGCGGUGAACGAAGAAAGAAUAGAGCAAAAAACGAGAGGGGAGGGAGGGCGCCGAGAAGCGGCACGCCUCGAGGAAGAAGAAGACAAAAAAGGCUUGCUGCCCCUGGAGGAAGUAAUUGUAAAAGAGGUCUCGUAGCGGGAGGAAGCGAGCUUGAAGCCAGGCACAUUAGCUCCCCAUGGCUCAGUCGGCGGCUAACGGAGUGAGCCAGGACCUGGCCAGCAAGAGGCUGCACUCAAGGAUGGAGGCCUCCUGUUUAGAGUUGGCCUUGGAAGGAGAGCGGCUCUGCAAGGCUGGAGACUUUAAAGGGGGAACAGCGUUUUUUGAGGCAGCCGUCCAGGUGGGUACAGAAGACCUGAAGACCCUCAGUGCCAUCUACAGCCAGCUUGGCAAUGCCUACUUUUACCUCAAGGAGUAUGGCAAAGCCCUGGAAUACCACAAACAUGACCUCACUUUGGCCAGAACUAUAGGAGACAGAAUUGGAGAAGGAAAAGCCAGUGGUAACCUCGGUAACACUUUAAAAGUAUUGGGGCGCUUUGAUGAGGCUGUCGUCUGCUGCCAAAGACAUCUGGACAUUGCGCAAGAGCAGGGUGACAAGGUUGGAGAGGCCAGAGCGCUGUAUAACAUUGGGAAUGUAUUUCAUGCAAAGGGCAAGCAGCAGCUAUGGGGUUGCCCCCAGGAACCAGGAGAUCUGCCAGCUGAUGUUAGAGACACACUGCAGAAAGCAACUGACUUUUAUGAAAUGAAUUUGUGUUUGGUCAAAGAGCUUGGUGAUCGAGCUGCUCAGGGGAGGGCCUAUGGGAACCUUGGCAAUACCCACUACCUGCUGGGUAACUUCGUCGAAGCAAUCAAGUUUCAUCGUCAGCGAUUAUCCAUUGCUAAAGAGUUUGGAGACAAAGCAGCUGAAAGGCGAGCCUACAGUAACCUCGGCAAUGCCUUGAUAUUCCUGGGACAGUUCAACGCAGCCACAGAAUACUACAGGAAAACUCUACAGCUGUCCAGGCAGCUGAGGGACCAGGUGAUGGAGGCUCAGGCCUGUUACAGUCUGGGAAACACUUACACUUUGCUGCAGCAGUACGAGAGGGCCAUAGACUACCAUCUGAAGCACUUGUGUAUAGCCCAACAGCUCAAUGACAGGGUUGGUGAGGGUCGUGCCUGCUGGAGUCUGGGAAAUGCUUAUGUGUCAUUAGGGAACCACAAACAAGCUCUUCACUAUGCCCGAAAGCACCUCGACAUCUCCAGAGAAAUUGGAGACAGAAAUGGGGAGCUGACAGCCAGAAUGAAUGUGGAGCAGCUGAUGGAGGCUCUUGGAGUCAAUGAAAGCGAUCUGUCUCCUUCCAGUUCAGAGUUUGAGAUGCAAGGAGCAAGACCCAAAAUUACCAAGAGAAACAGCAUGGACAGUGUAGAGCUAUGGAAGUACUCUUCAGAUAAGAAUGGGGACAACCAAAACUUGGAAAGUAUACCAAGAAGAUCAAAAAGUCAUGUCACACAAGCUGGUAAAAGAAAAGGCUACUCUGACAGUCAGUCAUCAGAUGAAAGACUCUGGUUGGAUUCACCUGUAGACACUGAUGACAUCACUGUUCAAGUCCCACCUCCAGUGCCGAAGCUGGGCCGUGACCCCUCUGAUGAGGACUGCUUCUUUGACCUCCUCAGCAAGUUCCAGAGCAGCCGCAUGGACGACCAGCGCUGCCAUCUUGAUGAGCCGCAGAACGGGGACAACAGAGAGGGGAGUGCAAACACGCCAACCCUGAAUGAGAUGAUAGAUCCUGCAAUUACUACUUCCCCUCAGACUGAAGAGCUCUUUGAUUUGAUUGCUAGCUCUCAGAGUCGUCGUCUUGAUGAUCAACGUGUAAGUGUUGGAAACCUUCCAGGCCUUCGGAUUACACAGAACAAUUUGGGGCAUCUUGUUGGCGAGGGAGAUCAUCAAGAGCCCAGCGACGACUUCUUCAACAUGCUUAUAAAAUGUCAGUCCUCCAGGAUUGACGAUCAGCGGUGCUCCCCACCAGAAGCAGGUCCUCAUGCCCCUACAGUGCCCGAUGAAGACUUCUUCAGCCUAAUCCAGAGGGUGCAGGCAAAGCGCAUGGACGAGCAGCGAGUCCAGCUGCCCACAGACGACCAGGCCAGCCCUCAAUCCCCUGACCAAGAGCCCCCCGGUGGCUUUCCAAGCUAAGAGUUUGGUGAAUGACGCCAUGCAACUUCGUGUCAAAAAAAGUAAGAACAUAAAAAAAAAAUGAAAGAAUGAUGAGCUGACAUUUAAAGAUGGCACCGAAGAUGAACUAAAUAGAUUAUUAAAAAGUCAAAUUCCAUGUGCAAUAGGUUGUGCUCCAUUUAGUGUUGCUUGAUGUAUCAAGUGCAAAUAUAAUAAAACAUGCAAAAUARAGGCUUGACGGGAGGCAACAAAGACUAGUUUGGGGGUGAAAUAACAGAAAAAAGUGUAUAUAUUAAAUCUAAUGCCUUAAUCUGAAUAUUUUUCAGACCCCAAGAUUGUAUUCUCUACUGUCAGAUGUGUUUUUUUUUUUCUUCUUGGAAGAACAGGAUGGACCUACAGUUGGAUAUGGACAGCUAAUGUGGAGACCCGCAGUGUGAACUGUGAACAUCAUAAAGGUUUAUGUAGAAAAACUGUCACUGACAAGUGUGCACUGACGUUUUAUUAAAAAUAAUAAUAAUGAAAUAGGAAUUAUAAGGUUAAUUUUAGUAAAAUUUAUUUCAAAAUUUCAUUAAAUAAUGCUGCUUUUUUCAGUUCAAAUAAAAAGAGUGUUAAUUUUGCACUAACAGUAUUAGUAUUGGCUUUUGAGUGUUAAAAUGUUUUGGUCACUUUAUUUUUAUUUAUCAAAUUGACAAGAWUUUUUUCCAACUUUGACAAAGUAAAGUGUUUAAAUUAAAUUAUUGACAAAACCAUAUUUUUACUUGUAUGCAAUUGCGAGAGUUUUCUUUACAAAAUAUGCAGUAACCAAGAUUACUGAGCAAAUUAUACAACCUUCUUACCUAAAAAACAGAAACAUGCUAAAUGAAGCUGGAUUUAAAGUUUUUUUUUAAUGUUUCUUAAUGUUUAUUUAGGGUUUUUAUCAGCUGCCCUUAAUAUGCCAAAAGUUUGUCAGCUAACUACGGUUUACAACAAAUAUUAUCAGUCAUCUCAGCAUUAAAACAGUGAAAUAAGUGUCAAAUUUUAGUAAUGCUAAAUCUCCACAUUGUGGUGUUAGUAUAGACUGCCUCUUUGUGGUCAAAACCUUUUAUUACAUCUGUGAAUUACAGUCUGUUGGGACUAAAAGGCAAUCCAACUUUGACCAUUCAGUUUUGUUAAUCUGCACCAUAAAUAUGGAAAUCUUUUUUGCAAAAUGUAAAGUACAUCUUUUUUUUAAAGCAAUGUGUGCUCUACAGUUUGUUUAAGACAGAGUUCAAACUCCAGAUAGGCAAAUCUGAAAAGGAUGUUCGCCACAGCAUCUCUUUAAUGGUACUUAACUUUUUUUUUACUUUCUCUUGAGGCUUGAGUUUUUUUCAGAAGUAGUGCAUACCUCUUUGUUUAUCAAAGCAUAGAMGCGUUAAAUGAUGAGCCAGGCUCGAUCAUGUUGUAAUACUUUAUUCAUCUCUUUUUGUAACCAACACAUUGGGAGCUGCAGUUAAUAUAUUCCUUUUCUGUAUGUUUUUUUUUCUUUUGGGGCAAUUUCACACUCAUAGAAAGUAUCUGGAAUGCUUCAGAUUGCCUUUGCCAUAAUUUGUACAUAUAAAUAUAUUUUGUAUUUAUGUUCCUUUUGAGGACAUGAAUAUGUCGCCUCAUGCUUUUAAUAAAACGUUUCUGAUGUUGA